AUGACAACUGUACCCGUACUACCGCUCCUUAAGGGAGAUUAUGUCGGCGGAGAAGAGCCUAACGAGUGGAUGCGCCAACUCGAUCUCAACUUACCAUCCACGUGGAACGACGCACAAAAAGUCGAGUGGUUCAAAAGGCAAUGUGCACCGGGUAGCCUAGCAGAGGCAUGGUACAUGUCAUUAUCGGCGGCACAAACAGCUACGUGGUCCGACCUAGAGACAGCGUUCCUCGUACGCUGGCCACCAGCAAUCCCACUCCAGUUAACCUCAGCCCAGAAGAAGGAACGACUAAAAGCGGUAGUAUUGAAGGAAGCGGACAUAGGAAUGAUGAUAGACGACGAGAGAGGCCAAGAGUGGGGACACGUAAGAUGGGCGAGGCAGGUGCAGAGGCUAGCGCAGAGUUUUGGCGAUAACACUUGCCAGUUUUUGGAUGUGGUGCUCAAUGGAGUUCCAGACUUACUUCGCGAUCAGCUGUCCGACACCUACACUGACUGGGCGGCAUUCCUCACAGGAGUAAACGGAGUAUCGAUCAACCUCCUUGCAAGGGCACGUACACGCGCAGCAGAAGAACAAGCCAUGCGAGAAGACAUUGCUCAGUUGAAGGCUAGGUUGCAACCCCAGCAGCAGGCACCGCAAACACGUUCCUACCCUUCGAACCCGCCGGCAUACAGGCCUUAUCCCCGCCCACCUAACAACCCAGCAACCAUGCCAUCCGCGCCAGCACCAGCCAUGAGCCUACACCAGCAAGUCAAUCAAGGACAACCGAACUUCGCACCCUCCAUGCCCUACCAAGCACCUUCGUAUCAACCCCAACCAUCGACACCUGGGCAAAACCCAUUCGCGCUGACAGGAGCAGUACCGAGCACAAACCUUUUCUACCGUUACCAGCGGUUUCCACAGACUCCGUCUCGAUCGGGUGCAGUAGACAGAAUCCGCAUGGUGGCCCAGUACUCAAUGUUACAGCACUUCCCAGACUCAGAGUCAGGACGAACAGCGUAUUCCCAGCAGGUAAAGGAGUGGCACGAGAAGCACGGAGCAGACACGAUGCCCCACACAGGACGGCCCUACCACCUGAAACCAGGCUCCGCACCCUUGGGGUCGCGGGAGUGUUUCACGUGCGGGAUGAUAACGGUGCCAUCGCACCAAGCAGCUAGCUGUCCCAACGCACCAACGAUACCGCAGGAAACGAAGUGGAGAGAAAUAGUAUCAGGCCUAGUAGGACGAGCGAUCAGGGGGCAGAACCAGCCAGCAACACCAUCCACAGCAGUACACGUACCAGCCGUACACCAUCUCAUACGCAGAGCCACAAUACGACUAUUUGGGAAAUGGGACGGGACUACCGCAGUGAAGGGCAACACCGUAGUCCCGGACGAAGAGACCAUCAAACUGCUGAUGCCAGCUCCUGUCGCCCCCACAUCAUUCCACGAAGAAGAGUAUGAGUAUAUACCGUCCCCCAACAUUUCAUCCGGCUUCACUUCUUACAUGUCCCCCACGACUUCAACGCCCAUUGACUCCGAGGAAGUAUCGGCUGUAUCGUCUCCAGUAUCGUCAACUGACGGUGAUGCCCUCACAGCGUUAGCAGAGUUACAAGGGGAGUUAGAGCAAGCCGAGGACACAGAGCGGAUCGAAGGAAGCAGCGAGGGGAACGUGUGGAACGUCGAGGUACAACCAGAGCCUCAAGCCACAGUUCUAGAACCGAUCGCUCUCGACAUGCCGUUGAGUCGGUACGACGAGACGGGUGACAAGCAACACACAGACUCUGCUGAUGGUUGGAGUGAGGACUACUGGUCACAUGCGCUACCUCUAAGACCUGGCUGA